GGGACCGGGGCCCCGACCAGUGGUGGGAGGAGGCUGCGGCGCCAGAUUCGGACGCCUGGACAGCCGAGCCGAGGCUCCCCGCGCUCGCUGCGCCCACGGCCCGUGCCAUGCCCUCCUACACGGUCACCGUGGCCACUGGCAGCCAGUGGUUUGCCGGCACUGACGACUACAUCUACCUCAGCCUCCUGGGCUCGGCGGGCUGCAGCGAGAAGCACCUGCUGGACAAGCCCUUCUACAACGACUUCGAGCGCGGCGCGGUGGAUUCGUACGACGUGACUGUGGAUGAGGAACUGGGCGAGAUCCAGCUGGUCAAAAUUGAGAAGCGCAAGUACUGGCUGCAUGACGACUGGUACCUGAAGUACAUCACGCUGAAGACGCCCCAAGGGGACUACAUCGAGUUCCCCUGCUACCGCUGGAUCACCGGUGAUGGCGAGGUAGUCCUGAGGGAUGGACGCGCAAAGUUGGCCCGAGAUGACCAAAUACACAUUCUCAAGCAACACCGACGUAAAGAACUGGAAACACGGCAAAAACAGUAUCGAUGGAUGGAGUGGAGCCCUGGCUUUCCCUUGAGCAUCGAUGCCAAAUGCCACAAGGAUUUACCCCGUGAUAUCCAGUUUGAUAGUGAAAAAGGAGUGGACUUUGUUCUGAAUUACUCCAAAGCGAUGGAGAACCUGUUCAUCAACCGCUUCAUGCACAUGUUCCAGUCUUCCUGGAAUGACUUUGCCGACUUUGAGAAAAUCUUCGUCAAGAUCAGCAACACUAUUUCUGAGCGGGUCAUGAAUCAUUGGCAGGAAGACCUGAUGUUUGGCUACCAGUUCCUGAAUGGCUGCAACCCUGUGUUGAUCCGGCGCUGCACAGAGCUGCCGGAGAAGUUCCCGGUGACCACGGAGAUGGUGGAGUGCAGCCUGGAGCGACAGCUCAGCUUGGAGCAGGAGGUCCAGCAAGGGAACAUUUUCAUCGUGGACUUUGAGCUACUGGAUGGCAUCGAUGCCAACAAAACAGACCCCUGCACACUCCAGUUCCUGGCCGCUCCCAUCUGCUUGCUGUAUAAGAACCUGGCCAACAAGAUCGUCCCCAUUGCCAUCCAGCUCAGCCAAAUCCCGGGAGAUGAGAACCCUAUUUUCCUCCCUUCGGAUGCAAAAUACGACUGGCUUUUGGCCAAAAUCUGGGUCCGUUCCAGUGACUUCCAUGUCCACCAGACCAUCACCCACCUCCUGCGAACACAUCUGGUGUCUGAGGUUUUUGGCAUUGCGAUGUACCGCCAGCUGCCUGCCGUGCACCCCAUUUUCAAGCUGCUGGUGGCACACGUGAGAUACACCAUCGCUAUCAACACCAAGGCCCGUGAGCAGCUCAUCUGUGAGUGUGGCCUCUUUGACAAGGCCAACGCCACAGGGGGCGGUGGGCACGUGCAGAUGGUGCAGAGGGCCAUGAAGGACCUGACCUACGCCUCCCUGUGCUUUCCCGAGGCCAUCAAGGCCCGGGGCAUGGAGAGUAAAGAGGACAUCCCCUACUACUUCUACCGAGACGACGGGCUCCUGGUGUGGGAAGCCAUUAGGAUGUUCACGGCCGAGGUGGUGGGCAUCUACUACGAGAGCGACCAGGUGGUGGAGGAGGACCCGGAGCUGCAGGACUUCGUGAACGACGUCUACGUGUACGGCAUGCGGGGCCGCAAGUCCUCAGGCUUCCCCAAGUCGGUCAAGAGCCGGGAGCAGCUGUCGGAGUACCUGACCGUGGUGAUCUUCACCGCCUCCGCCCAGCACGCCGCGGUCAACUUCGGCCAGUACGACUGGUGCUCCUGGAUCCCCAAUGCUCCCCCAACCAUGCGAGCCCCGCCGCCAACUGCCAAGGGCGUGGUGACCAUUGAGCAGAUCGUGGACACGCUGCCGGACCGCGGUCGCUCCUGCUGGCAUCUGGGUGCAGUGUGGGCGCUGAGCCAGUUCCAGGAAAACGAGCUGUUCCUGGGCAUGUACCCAGAAGAGCAUUUUAUCGAGAAGCCUGUGAAGGCGGCUAUGGCCCGAUUCCGCAAGAACCUCGAGGCCAUUGUCAGCGUGAUUGCUGAGCGCAACAAGAAGAAGCAGCUGCCAUAUUACUACUUGUCCCCAGACCGGAUUCCUAACAGUGUGGCCAUCUGAGCACACUGCCAGUCUCACUAUGGGAAGGCCAGCUGCUCCAGCCAGCCGGACUCCAGCCUGCCUGGCAGGCUGUCUGGCCAGGCCUCUUGGCAGUCACGUCUCUUCUUCCGAGGCUAGUACCUUUCUGUUUAUUCUUUGAUCUUCAGGGAACCCCAUAGAUUGAGCAAAGUGUAAACACCAUAGGGACCCAUUCUACGCAGAGCAGGACUGCACAGUGUCCUCUCCACACCCAGCUCAGCAUUUCCACACCAAGCAGCAAUAACAAAUCACGACCACUGAUAGAUGUCUGUUCUUGUUGGAGACAUUGGAUGAUUAUUUUCUGUUCUAUUUGUGCUUAGUCCAAUUCCUUGCACAUAGUGGGUACCCAAUUCAAUUAUUAUUGAAUGAAUUAAGAAUUGGUUGCCAUAAAAAUAAAGCGGUUCAUUUAAAACA